AAGAAACUUUUCAUUAAAAUGGAAAACUGUGAAGAAAGAAAAAGAUAGCAGUUGGAGUUAAAAUUCUUGGAUGAAUAUCUUGCUUUCGAGAGGUCAGAAUUUACAAACGAUAUGCUGAUUUGGAAAGUCCCAGGAGUAAACUGCAAAAUUCAUUUUUUAAAAUUCAAUCAAUGGAUUUUUUAAUCAUUCCUCGGAGCUGAUGAAGUUCAUAGCUGGUGUGUGAUGGGAAAUGUGGCAUGCCGGUACUUUCCUACUGAUUGCAUCUUGGAUUAGUUUGCUGCUUUUUUGAAGAGAUUCCAUUUAGAAGGGAAGAACCUAAUGUGAUGGAUUUAUCUUCAGAGAUGAACAGACAUGGGAAGAAUCCAGUGAGUCACAAGCUAGAAGAUCAGAAGAAGAUUUACACUGACUGGGCCAACCACUAUCUAGCAAAAUCGGGCCACAAGCGGCUGAUCAAGGACUUGCAACAGGACAUUGCAGAUGGAGUACUGCUAGCCGAAAUCAUCCAGAUCAUUGCAAAUGAAAAAGUUGAAGAUAUCAAUGGAUGUCCUAGGAGUCAAUCUCAGAUGAUUGAAAAUGUUGAUGUCUGCCUUAGUUUUCUAGCAGCCAGAGGAGUCAAUGUCCAAGGUCUAUCUGCUGAAGAAAUAAGAAAUGGAAACUUAAAAGCCAUUCUAGGGCUGUUUUUCAGUUUGUCUCGCUACAAGCAGCAGCAACAUCACCAGCAGCAGUAUUAUCAGUCCUUGGUGGAGCUUCAGCAGAGGGCCCCUCAAGCUCCCCCUCAGGCAGAAGCCAGUCAGAACAAAACCCAGCAAGAUAUGCAGUCCAGUCUGGCAGCCAGAUAUGCAACUCAGUCUAAUCACAGUGGAAUUGCAACCAGUCAAAAAAAGCCUACUAGGCUUCCAGGUCCCUCUAGGGUGCCAGCUGCCAGUAGCAGCAGCAGCAAGGCACAAGGAGCUUCCAACUUAAAUAGGCGAAGUCAGAGUUUUAACAGCAUUGACAAAACAAAGCCUCCAAAUUAUACAAAUGGCAAUGAGAAAGAUUCCUCCAAAGGACCUCAGUCAUCUCCAGGCGUAAAUGGGAACAUGCAGCCCCCCGGUCCGACGACGCAGCCUCCUGCCUCCGCCAUCCCUUCUCCAAGUUCCAGCAAGCCCUGGCGCAGCAAGUCCAUGAACGUCAAGCACAGUGCCACCUCCACCAUGCUCACGGUGAAGCAACCCAGCCCAGUCACGUCCCCGACCCCAUCCGCAGACAGACUGAAGCCCCCGGUCUCAGAAGGCGUCAAAGCGGCCCCCUCAGGUCAGAAAUCCAUGCUUGAAAAAUUCAAGCUGGUCAACGCGCGGACUGCUCUGCGCGCGCCGCAGUGUCCCAGCUCAGGCCCCGGUGACAGCGGGAGAGACGAGGACGCCUUUUCCGAGUGUGGCGAAAUGGAAGGUUUGAACAGUGGUCUCAAUAGCGGUGGCUCGACGAAUAGCAGCCCCAAAGUGUCACCUAAACUAGCCCCUCCAAAAGCUGGAAGCAAAAACCUCAGCAAUAAAAAGUCUUUGCUACAGCCAAAGGAAAAAGAGGACAAGAACAGGGACAAAAAUAAAGUUUGCACUGAGAAACCAGUCAAGGACGAGAAAGAGCAGGUGAUUGACAUAGCUCCAAAAAAGACAUCUAAGAUCGCAAGCUUGAUCCCCAAGGGCAGCAAGGCGGCCGCGGCCAAGAAGGAAAGUUUAAUCCCAUCUUCCAGUGGGAUUCCAAAACCAGGCUCCAAGGUGCCAACAGCCAAGCAGACGGUUUCACCAGGCAGCUCUACAAGCAAAGAAUCAGAAAAAUUCAGGACUACCAAGGGAAGCCCUUCCCAGUCCUUACCUAAACCCUUAACCUCCGAGAAAGCAAGCACAAACAAUUGCCCCGCUCCUUUGGACGGAAGGGAAGGCAGUCAAGCUCCAGCUGGCUCCUACACCGGACCUGCAGUACAAGGCAGUGGACAAAGCGCAGGGAAUGGUGCUGUCCAGCUCCCCCAACAACAGCAACACAGCCACCCGAAUACAGCCACAGUCGCCCCAUUCAUUUACAGAGCACAUUCAGAAAAUGAAGGCACUCCAUUACCAUCUGCUGACUCCUGUACCAGUCCUACGAAGAUGGAUUUAUCAUAUAGUAAGACCGCCAAGCAGUGCCUAGAGGAGAUAUCUGGUGAAGACCCUGAAACAAGACGAAUGAGAACAGUUAAAAACAUAGCAGAUUUGAGGCAGAAUUUAGAAGAGACUAUGUCCAGCCUCCGUGGGACCCAGAUCAGCCACAGCACCCUGGAGACCACAUUUGACAGCACUGUGACGACGGAAGUGAAUGGAAGGACCAUCCCCAAUCUGACAAGUAGACCCACUCCCCUGACUUGGAGGUUGGGACAGGCCUGUCCUCGCCUUCAGGCUGGAGAUGCCCCUUCACUGGGUGCAGGCUACCCCCGCAGCGGGACCAGUCGCUUCAUACACACAGACCCCUCACGCUUUAUGUAUACUACACCACUACGGCGAGCAGCGGUCUCUCGACUGGGAAACAUGGCACAAAUUGACAUGAGUGAGAAAGCAAGCAGUGACUUGGACAUGUCUUCUGAAGUGGACGUUGGUGGAUAUAUGAGUGAUGGUGAUAUCCUUGGAAAAAGUCUCAGGACAGAUGACAUCAACAGUGGGUACAUGACAGAUGGAGGGCUUAACCUGUACACUAGAAGUCUGAACCGACUACCAGACACAGCGACCUCCAGGGAAGUCAUCCAGCGGGGGGUGCACGACGUGACAGUGGAUGCAGAUAGCUGGGAUGACAGCAGUUCUGUGAGCAGUGGUCUCAGUGACACCCUCGAUAACAUCAGCACCGAUGACUUGAACACCACAUCCUCGGUCAGCUCCUACUCCAACAUCACCGUCCCUUCCAGGAAGAACACUCAGCUGAAGACAGAUUCAGAAAAGCAUUCUGCAACAGACGAUAUGUGGGACAGCACUGAGGAGAUGAAAAAGACAGAAGAAGACUUGGACAGCCAUGGAGAAGGUGGUGGCAAGUGGAAAGGUGUUCCAUCGGGAGCUCCUGAAGACCCGGAGAAGGCAGGCCAGAAAGCCACCCUGUCUGUUUCACAGACAGGUUCCUGGAGAAGAGGCAUGUCUGCUCAGGGAGGAGCUCCAGCUAGACAGAAAGCUGGAACAAGUGCGCUCAAGACCCCUGGAAAAACUGAUGAUGCCAAAGCUUCCGAGAAAGGGAAAACUCCCCUUAAAGGAUCAUCUCUGCAAAGGUCUCCUUCAGAUGCAGGAAAAAGCAGUGGUGAUGAAGGGAAAAAGCCCCCCUCGGGCAUUGGGAGAUCAACCGCCACUGGUUCUUUUGGAUUUAAGAAACCAAGUGGUGUAGGUUCAUCCACCAUGAUCACCAGCAGUGGAGCAACUAUAACCAGUGGCUCAGCUACGCUGGGUAAAAUCCCCAAAUCUGCUGCCAUUGGCGGGAAAUCAAAUGCUGGGAGGAAAACCAGUUUGGAUGGGUCCCAGAAUCAGGAUGAUGUGGUGCUGCACGUUAGCUCCAAGACCUCCCUCCAAUACCGCAGUUUGCCUCGCCCUUCGAAAUCCAGCACCAGCGGCAUCCCCGGCCGCGGAGGCCACCGGUCCAGUACCAGCAGUAUUGAUUCCAAUGUCAGCAGCAAGUCCGCCGGGGCCACCACCUCAAAACUGAGAGAACCCACUAAGAUUGGGUCAGGGCGCUCAAGCCCUGUCACGGUCAACCAAACAGACAAGGAAAAAGAAAAAGUAGCCGUCUCAGAUUCCGAGAGUGUUUCUUUGUCAGGUUCCCCCAAAUCCAGCCCCACCUCUGCCAGUGCCUGUGGGACUCAAGGGCUCAGGCAACCAGGGUCUAAAUAUCCUGACAUUGCCUCACCUACAUUUCGAAGGUUGUUUGGUGCCAAGGCAGGUGGCAAAUCUGCCUCUGCACCUAAUACGGAGGGUGUGAAAUCCUCCUCAGUAAUGCCCAGUCCUAGUACCACAUUAGCGCGGCAAGGCAGUCUGGAGUCACCAUCGUCUGGUACGGGCAGCCUGGGCAGUGCUGGUGGGCUCAGUGGCAGCAGCAGCCCUCUCUUCAAUAAACCCUCAGACUUGACUACAGACGUUAUAAGCCUAAGUCACUCAUUGGCUUCCAGUCCAGCAUCGGUUCACUCUUUCACCUCAGGUGGUCUCGUGUGGGCUGCCAAUCUGAGCAGUUCCUCUGCAGGCAGCAAGGACACUCCGAGUUACCAGUCCAUGACUAGCCUCCAUACGAGCUCUGAGUCCAUUGACCUCCCCCUCAGCCACCAUGGCUCCCUGUCGGGACUGACCACAGGCACUCACGAGGUUCAGAGCCUGCUCAUGAGAACGGGUAGUGUGAGAUCUACUCUCUCAGAAAGCAUGCAGCUUGACAGAAAUACACUACCCAAAAAGGGACUAAGAUAUACCCCAUCAUCUCGGCAGGCCAACCAGGAAGAGGGCAAAGAGUGGCUGCGGUCCCAUUCCACUGGAGGGCUGCAGGACACGGGCAGCCAAUCUCCGCUGGUGUCUCCUUCUGCAAUGUCAUCAUCUGUAACAGGAAAAUACCAUUUUUCUAACUUAGUGAGCCCAACCAACCUGUCUCAAUUUAACCUUCCUGGGCCCAGCAUGAUGCGCUCCAACAGCAUCCCUGCCCAAGACUCUUCCUUUGAUCUGUAUGAUGACUCACAACUUUGUGGGAGUGCCACAUCUCUGGAAGAAAGACCACGUGCCAUCAGUCACUCGGGCUCAUUCAGAGACAGCAUGGAAGAAGUUCAUGGCUCUUCAUUAUCUCUGGUCUCCAGCACAUCUUCUCUUUACUCCACAGCUGAAGAAAAGGCUCAUUCAGAGCAAAUCCAUAAACUGCGGAGAGAGUUGGUUGCUUCUCAAGAAAAAGUGGCGACGCUCACUUCUCAACUGUCAGCAAAUGCUCAUCUCGUAGCAGCUUUUGAAAAGAGCUUAGGGAAUAUGACGGGCCGGCUGCAGAGUCUAACUAUGACAGCAGAACAGAAGGAAUCUGAACUUAUAGAACUAAGAGAAACUAUUGAAAUGCUGAAGGCCCAGAACUCCGCUGCUCAGGCAGCCAUACAAGGGGCGCUAAAUGGUCCAGACCACCCUCCGAAAGAUCUCCGGAUCAGAAGACAGCAUUCCUCGGAAAGUGUUUCUAGUAUCAACAGCGCCACAAGCCAUUCCAGCAUUGGCAGUGGCAAUGACGCUGAUUCCAAGAAAAAGAAAAAGAAAAACUGGCUGAGAAGUUCAUUCAAGCAAGCCUUUGGGAAGAAAAAAUCCACGAAGCCUCCUUCCUCCCAUUCGGACAUCGAGGAGCUUACUGAUUCAUCCCUUCCAGCCUCUCCGAAGUUGCCCCAUAAUAGUGGUGAUUGUGGGUCCACAUCCAUGAAACCCUCACAAUCAGCCUCAGCGAUAUGUGAAUGCACAGAGGCUGAGGCAGAAAUAAUUCUACAGUUGAAGAGCGAGCUCAGAGAAAAGGAAUUAAAAUUAACAGAUAUUCGUCUGGAGGCUCUCAGCUCUGCUCAUCAUCUUGACCAGAUCCGGGAAGCAAUGAACCGGAUGCAGAAUGAGAUUGAAAUACUGAAAGCUGAAAACGAUCGGCUGAAGGCAGAAACUGGGAACACAGCUAAGCCGGCUCGCCCUCCAUCUGAAUCCUCAAGCAGCACAUCCUCCUCAUCUUCACGCCAGUCAUUAGGGCUGUCUCUAAACAACUUGAACAUCACAGAGUCUGUUACCUCAGAUAUUCUACUAGAUGAUGCUGGAGAUGCAGCUGGACAUAAAGAUGGCCGCAGUGUGAAAAUUAUAGUCUCUAUAAGCAAGGGCUAUGGCCAAGCAAAGGAUCAGAAGUCUCAAGCAUAUUUAAUAGGAUCCAUUGGUGUGAGUGGAAAAACCAAAUGGGAUGUCUUAGACGGUGUCAUUAGACGUCUCUUUAAGGAAUAUGUGUUCCGAAUUGAUACUUCUACAAGCCUUGGUCUCAGCUCUGACUGCAUUGCUAGCUACAGUAUAGGAGACUUAAUUAGAUCCCAUAGCCUAGAAGUCCCAGAACUGCUGCCUUGUGGAUACCUGGUGGGAGAUAACAACAUCAUCACUGUGCACCUAAAAGGGGUAGAAGAAAACAGUUUGGACAGUUUUGUUUUUGAUACGCUGAUUCCUAAACCAAUUACCCAAAGGUACUUUAACUUGUUGAUGGAGCAUCACAGAAUUAUACUCUCAGGACCAAGUGGUACUGGAAAGACCUAUUUAGCAAACAAACUUGCUGAAUAUGUAAUAACAAAAUCUGGGAGGAAAAAAACAGAGGAUGCAAUAGCCACUUUUAAUGUGGACCACAAGUCAAGUAAGGAAUUACAACAAUAUCUAGCAAAUCUGGCGGAACAGUGCAGUGCUGAUAAUAACAGUGUGGAGCUCCCAGUUGUGAUAAUUCUUGAUAACCUUCAUCAUGUGGGCUCUCUGAGUGAUAUCUUCAAUGGAUUUCUCAACUGUAAAUACAACAAAUGUCCAUAUAUUAUUGGAACGAUGAAUCAGGGAGUUUCUUCAUCACCAAAUCUAGAGCUGCAUCAUAAUUUCAGGUGGGUCCUAUGUGCAAAUCACACAGAACCUGUGAAAGGCUUUUUAGGCAGAUAUCUUCGAAGGAAACUAAUAGAAAUAGAAAUUGAAAGGAACACACGUAAUAAUGACCUAGUGAAAAUUAUAGAUUGGAUUCCUAAGACAUGGCAUCAUCUCAAUAGUUUUUUGGAAACACACAGUUCUUCUGAUGUUACCAUUGGUCCAAGACUUUUUCUUUCUUGCCCUAUGGAUGUAGAAGGUUCUAGAGUAUGGUUCAUGGAUCUUUGGAAUUAUUCUUUGGUUCCUUACAUUCUGGAGGCAGUGAGAGAAGGGCUUCAGAUGUAUGGGAAACGUGCACCUUGGGAAGAUCCCUCAAAGUGGGUGCUUGAUACAUACCCAUGGAGUUCAGCAUCUCUGCCUCAGGAGGGCCCAACAUUGCUUCAGUUGAGACCUGAAGAUGUUGGCUAUGAAGGCUGCAUAUCGACAAAGGAAGCCACAACCUCAAAGCACAUUCCUCAGACUGAACCAGAGGGGGAUCCCCUGAUGAAUAUGCUCAUGAAACUCCAAGAAGCAGCCAAUUACUCGGGCACACAAAGCUGCGACAGUGACAGCACCUGCCGUCGUGAAGAUUUGGAUUCAUCGCUGGAAUCUACCCUCUAGAGGGUAUAAAGGCGCUAGGGAAAUGAUGAUGCUUUCUAAAGAUAUUUAAAGGGAAGGUAUUUUCACAAAACCACUGCCAGUAUGAAAGCACCCUGUCCAGGGCCCUGACCCAGGAGUUGUGGUCUCGAGCAAAGCAGCAGAACUAUGUCUGCACCGCUAAGAUGCUAAAUUGAAAGGGAAGCUUAAUUUCUUUUAUUUCUAGGCAUUUGUAUAGCCCAUGGAGUGAUACAAGGCUCCAUUACUCAACUGGAAAGGACCCUAUUGGCAGGGAAACAGACUAGAUUGCACAUGAGAUAGCCAAACUGGACUUUAGUUUUUUUCUCUUUAAAAGUUUACAAUGCAACCUUUUUUUGUCCCUGCCUUUCAUUUCCUCUAAGGGGCUGUGCUCCCCACGCAGGAUACAUUUUUCUGAUUCAUCAAACCUCUUGUGUGCCCCAUGGUGCUGGUCACAGGGCCCCAGUAGUGUUUGUGUUGUGUGCUCACCCCAUUCCAAAAUGAAGCCAGGAGGCCAGUCCUCCGUAAGCACAAAUGGAAUUGUGCAACCACCAGAAAAACACUACUGCGGCAAGCUGGAUAAGUGCCAAUUUAAUUCUUAACUGCCAUGUUCACAUGAUGUGCUCCACCAACUUUUUAGUGUAUGAGUCACAGGUUUUCUAAGGUUGUUUUUACCACAGUGGUCUUUUUAAACCACCUGCCCACUCCCUUAACAAGAGUUUUAUACCAAUUAUUAGUCAACACUGACAAAAGGCUUUUUUAGGGCUUUAUUUGUUUGAGCCUUUUCAGUGAAAGAAGGAAAAUUUCCUAUGGUGCUGUCUCACUGCCUUAAAACAGAUUUCUACAACGGUCUAACAGUUGGUUUAAAUCCUAAACCAUUGGUAAUCUCCACUGUCUUUUCAUUUCCAACCAAGCAACGCCAGUUAACACAGUAAUUCAUCAUACUUUUUGUGUUGUUGGGUUUUUUUGUUUGCUUUUGAGAAAUGGAUAGGAGAAAGAUCAGUAUUUUUCACCUGAAUAGAAUGCUUUGCCUAUCCUCCACAAUUUUAAAGUAACCCAGAAAUCCUCUUGAAUUGUCACUUAAGAGCUAAAACAUGUGACUAAAUUCUAUCCAGUUCUAGGUGAAGAGUUGCAGAAGGCAGGAGAUUUUGAAUUCUUAUCCAGCAGAGCUGGAAGCACUAAAUAUAGCAUGAGCACAACUAUUUGGCUUUCCUUCUCUAUUCUUUAUAAUUAUUAUUAUUCAUUUUGAGCAUGUUGUUUUGAUUGCUAUUGUUGUACAUGAGAAAUUCAGCAUUAAAGAACACUGAAGCAGUGAAGGCACUGUGGAGGAGAGAGCGUUUAUACUGUAAAAGAGGUUAGAUUUGCACAGUCUACUGGGUAGGUAUUGUAAAUAAUAAUUUUUAAAACUUGCACAAAUCAAAGCAAACACAAAAAAUGUACUUUAUCCUGUUGGUGUUAAGAGGUGUUUCACUUGCUGAGAUUUCCUGUACAUUGCAAACAAAUACAGAAUGCAGACCCUCAAAGCUGUUAUUAUCUGGUGUGUUUGUCCUGUAUUUACAGUUGUUAUGACAAUGCAAGAGCUAUCAGUGCUAGAGUGAGCAUGCCUCAGAACUGUACAUGAAGCCAGUACAUUUUUGGAAAAGUGAAAAUGUCUGAAAGUGCAUCUGUCAUGGCAGGCUUUAAAGAGAGUGCAUGAAAACAAAUUAGAGAGUCACUGAAGUAACCACCACAUCUGGAGGACAGGUUAUAUGUUGAAAAAAAACUAAGGGCUAGGCCAUAGUGUAGACUUGUUCUAGGAAAUGUGUUACUUUCAGGAUGUGUAAAUGGUGCUACUCUCUGUGACCACCCACGGGUCAGUUGCUGUAGAACAAUAAUAACACUAGACAUCUGUGCAGAUUUCAGAGUGUGGCUGAGUUCAUAAGUCCUACAAGGUGCUAUCGCCCUAAGGGAAAUCUGAACUGAAUAUAUGCACCGAGCAUUGCCACCUAUACUUUAAAGCCUCAAACACAGAUCAAAUCUAUUGUGAGACAUCAAUAUAUGUAGCUGGAUGAGUGACUAGUUGCUCUUGUAUAAUACGUGAUCUAAGGAAAUUGCUAAUCUUUUCCUGCCAUUUUGAGAAACACAGUCCAAACAUGAUCAUAAACAAAAUCCUGCAAUACAUCCCAGUAGGUCCACCUAGUUUACAACUUAAACUAGUUUGUGAAACAUUUGUCUGUAAACAUUUUAUAUUUUGUACAUUUUUGAUGUAACAUAUCAUGUAAAUAGACAGAAACAGUGAAAUAAAUCAUCUGAAAAGUUUUGUAGUCUUUGUAAAGCCCCAACAAUAAGUACUUGGUGUCAAUGGACUUAACUGGAUGAUGUAUUUUCUAUUGGUUUAUUGUUCCUCUAGCUUGUAAACCAGCUUGCAUAUAUUUUUUUGCAAAUGUGCACCCUGUAUCUGUCUAAAUUAUUACUUUGCCAUUAAAGUGGAAUUAUUUAUUGACAAGGUGUUUUGUCUAUAUAUAUGGAGAAAAAUGAAUAAUUAUGCACCAAGCAGUGCCCAGCUUUAAGUGUUGCUUGCACUAUUGCUAUGCCAUCAAUCAGGACACAUGAGAAUUUUUGUCUUUUAUGUACUUCAUAGAAAGGACCUCAUUGAUUUUAGUAAAUAAAUCGCAGGUACUACAUAUAUCUUUUGAAAUAAUACUUACUCGGUGACUAUUUUUAGAAACCUGAUUAAUCUACUUAAAUUUUUCUUGGCUAGAAAAUAAGAGUAUAAAGUAAAAUGUCAAUAUUCACUUAAUUAAAUCAACUCAUGAAAA